AUGACAGCUCAACCACACAACCCCGGCCUGAAGUACCUCUCACUUGUCGUACUCAUCGCCCAAACGACAGCACUUGUCUUGAUAUUGCGGUACUCGAGGACUCAGAAAAAUGAAGGUCCGAGGUAUAUUUCAUCAACAGCCGUCGUCAGCGCGGAAGUUGUCAAGAUUGUAACAUGCGUGUUGGUUUUGCUGCAUAAUAACAAAUGGCGCUGGUCGCAAUUUUACGGCGAGGUACAUAGGGACUGUCUUGUCGAUGUAAAAGAGACAUUCAAGAUUGCCGUGCCCGCAUUCCUUUAUGUCGUCCAGAAUAACUUGCUCUUCUUUGCCCUAUCAAAGCUCGAUGCCGCAACUUAUCAGGUUUCAUACCAGUUGAAGCUGCUCACCACGGCCGUGUUUUCCGUGACAAUGUUGAGCAAAAAAUUGAACCCGUUAAAAUGGGUUGCCCUACUAUUGCUGACCGCCGGCGUUGCUCUUGUCCAGAUGCCCUCCGGUGACAGCGCGAAAAAGACCGUUGAUGAUGCAGGGUCAUCCGACAAAUUCAUUGGUCUUCUUGCUGUCCUGGCCGCCUGCUUCUCCUCCGGUUUUGCCGGCGUCUAUUUCGAAAAGAUCCUCAAGACGACAAAUGUUACACUGUGGAUGAGGAAUCUGCAACUAGCUUUCUUCUCGAUCUUCGGUGGAUUCUUCAUGUGCUGGCUCUACGACAGCGAGGCAAUUUCCACCAACGGCUUUUUCCAAGGAUAUAACAACAUCAUCUGGGUUGUUGUCGGCCUCCAGGCCUACGGAGGUCUAGUCAUUGCGCUGGUGGUGAAGUACGCAGACAACAUCCUCAAGGGCUUCGCCGUGUCCCUCUCAAUCAUCAUCUCAUCCUUCAUCUCAUGGGUCUUCCUGGGUGAUUUCGAGCCUUCGUUGGCCUUCGUUGUCGGUGCGACGAUCGUCAUCCUCUCGACAUUCCUCUACGGUUUCGAGCCCAAGAAGCCGACAAUCCCACAUCAUGCU